AUGGCCGAGGCGAUCAAGGAAGCCCGGCGGCAUCCCCAGGUGGAGGUGAAGCGAAGAAACGCGGGUGUCGACGAGGAAUACGUGGUGAUCGCCACCAACAACCCCACCUCCUUUGCUCGCGGCAUUGGGCCAACGCCCGCUGCCGCAGCCAGUGGCUUUUGUAACAACCUGAACCGCAUCGCCCGCUCACUGGAGCAGUUGGCAAUGAGGUUGGCAGAGCAAGCGCCCCUGGAGGCUUUAUCUCUGCUUGUGAGGGCCCUCACGCUCCUCGAGAAGGCACUCAAGGUGUCCCUGGAUGACGAGCAGAUGGGCGCUCCUUUGCGCAAGGACUUCACCAGGACUUUGGCUGCCGCCGAUGAGGUGGAGAGACAGCUGAAGGCACACGGCCAUACCGAGUCUCAACCUGCACAGCCGAACAGGGCCAUCUUUGAGUCCGCAGUGCAGCACGCCAAGGAUGCGGCGGUGGUGCUGUCCAAAGGCCAAGAGGCGGGCCUGGGGUUCAGGACGCCUCUGCCCAUCCGAAAUGAGGUCCCGAGGGGGUCCAUGGCGACUUCUCCCUACCAUGUGGAAGACCUGGAGUCUCGCUCCACUGAGGGACACAGCGAGUCGAUGGAGGAGGAAGAGAUAAAGGCCACGAACUCGGGCUAUUUGCAUCCUGACGACAGUAUGCACCAGUACUGGUAUGAGACGACCUGCCGUCUUCGCUGCAUCUUUUUCGUGUUCUUCUCCUUGGCGGUAAUGCUGGCCUGUGCCCUGGGUUCCACCACCGAAUGCUUCUUCUCCCUGAUGGCCACGCCACCCAGCGAGGGGAUCACGUUUGGCGUUGUCGUCGGAGUGGUGAUUGUGCCUCUCAUUUUGCUGGCCACGGCCGUUUACGUGGACGAGGCCGUGGACGUAGGGCUCGAUGCCGCGGACCGGCCCUGCUUUGGGCUUUUCAGGGCGACGGUGACCACGGCCCUGAAAAGCAUCAGCCCGCGGAUCGGCACGGAUCAUAUCGAAAAGAUGCUGGUUGUGAUGAUCGAAGGGAUUCCCAUCCUCUUCGCGAUCAUCACGCUGGCAUGCACCGAGUCACUGACCUAUUGGUACAAGGACCUGUUCCGCGGAUAUUGCUUGGGCGGCCUGAUCUUUGCCAUCGUGGCCUGCAUCAUGUACAUUACCUGCCACAUUUUCGUGGGCCACAACCCGGAGAGAGACGAUGCUAUGGCCUGCACGUACCACAACAUGCGCCCCUUGGGCAAGUUCAAGCGCGUCCUGGACGAGCCAGACCGCUCCCUGGAGAAUCGGGAGCCCCACUGGGGCAGAUGCUUGAUGUACUUCAGCAUCGGAUUAUUCAUCGAGAUCCUGGUGCUGGUCGUCUUCAUCUUCGCCCAUCAUUUCCACACCGUAUUUAUCGGACAGCUCCUGGCCACGAUUUGCUGGGCCCUGGCGGUGCGGCAGUAUGCCCCGCGCCUGCUGGGGAAGGCCUUCUGGUGCACCUUCCUGUUCUUCAUCCUGCUUACGGUCGGGCUGUUGCUUGGUACUUUAGCGCAGACCGACCGACGUGAUCCGAAAUCUUUGCCGCCGCUGGCAUAUGGAUCCACCAGCCAGGAGUACGGCGCCGAGGAGGAUUUCAACGGCUUGCCGCUUCACUUCCAGCUGGGCCCUUUUCCGCCCAAGCCAGGCUAUCCGGUUUGCAAUGCGGACUGGGGCUACCCGGGAAUGCGGCAGGAUGAUCGGAUGAGCAUUUUGGAUCUUUCCCUGCUGGCCUACGGCAGUUCCCUCGCCGGCCCAGCUGACAUCAGGUCCGGCCUGGGGCAGAUGCUGAAUGGCACCAGGUUAGAGAACUGGGAGCUGCUGGAAGUCGAAGAUCAAGAUACGGUGGGGCGCUGGAUCGUGGUGCGCUUCCCGGAGCUGAAGCUGCGGGUGGUGGCGGUGCGCGGCACCUCCAGCGUCCAGGAUGCGUAUGCAGACCUGAAGCUGUACUCUGCGGUGGCAGUGCUGCAGAUGAUGAGCAUCAUGACGCCCGUGCUCACCCUGAUGCCGGUGUCUGUAGUGCAGAGGCUGGUGGACAGCCAGGUGAGCACUUUCCUCUUCGGCAGCUCGGAGAUUUGGCAGCGGCUGGAGCAGUCAGCCCUGAAGCACAAAGAGGAGGGCAAGGCGAACAAUGAGGUCUUGCUGAUGACGGGUCACAGCCUGGGGGGCGCCCUGGUGGGGGCGGUGUCCUCGCGAAUCGCGGUGGAAGGAAUCGGUUUCUCUCCUCCGGGGCUCUACUACCAGGUGGAAAAAUACAAGUUGCAGUUGCGAAAGGUCUAUGAUAGCUUCACUGUCAUCCAGCCUAGCAACGACGUGGUGCCACGCGUGGACCAGCAGCGAGGGAUGAUCAUGUGGAUCGAGUGUGUGGAGCCUGCAAGCACUUGCCACAGGCUGACCCACACGGCCUGCGAGCUUUGGACCCAAUGCGGGGACAAGCGGAAGCGCGACUGGCGGCCGCUCUGCUCGGAAUGGUAUUCUGCCAGUAAAGUGAACAUGGUGAGCGCGGCUUCUGCGGAGCUUUGA